CCGUCUUUUAAAUGUUUGGUUAUGUGUCCACCCCCCUUACGACAUUUUAGCGAAUAAAAGUUUUUAAAAAAUAAUUAUUUUCUGCCAUUUUCGGGUUUGGUCGGGACACCUGAUGAGGUUUUGAGACAUCGCCCACAACUCCAGGACCAGUAUUGAGCCGUUGAAGCAAGACAGUUGUUUGUAAUUUUUUGGGUUUGGUCGGGACUCCUCAUGAAGUUUUGAGACAUCUCCUACAACUACAGGACCAGUAUUGUGCUGUUGAAGCAACAGUUUUUUUUAAAUUUUGGGGUAUUGUCGGGACUCCUGGUGAGGUUUUGAGACAUCUCCUACAACUACAGGACCAGUACUGUGCUGUUGAAGCAAGACAUUUUUUUUUUAAUUUUGGGGUAUUGUCGGGACUCCUGGUGAGGUUUUGAGACAUCUCCUACAACUACAGGACCAGUGUUUUGCCGUUGAAGCCGGACAGUUUUUUACAUUUUUGGUCCUGAUGAAGUUUUGAGACGUCUCCUACAACGACAGGACCAGUAUUGUGCUGUUGAAGCAAGACAGUUUUUUGUGAAUUUUUUGGGUUUUGUCGGGACACCUGAUGAGGUUUUGAGACGUCUCCUACAACUACAGGACCAGUAUUGUGCUGUUGAAGCAAGACCGUUUAAAAAUCUUUGGGUUUUGUGGGGACUCCGGAUUAAGUUUUGAGACGUCGCCCACAACUCCAGGACCAGUAUCGUGCUGUUGAAGCAAGACAGUUUUUAACAUUUUUGGGUUUUGUCGGGACUCCUGAUGAGGUUUUGAGACGUCUCCUACAACUACAGGACCAGUAUUUUGCCAUUGAAGCAGGAGCGUUUUUUUAGUUUUUGGGUUUUGUCGGGACUCCUGAUGAGGUUUUGAGACGUCGCCCACAACUACAGGACCAGUAUCGUGCUGUUGAAGCAAGACAAUUUUUAAAGUUUUUGGCCGUCACUGUGAGGUAUCAUGGAGAGCUCUCCUUCCACAUCCUGGAGAGAACACAUUCUGUUCCGGCAAAUACGGAACUUGUCUCCUGGUGGCUUCAAGACAGAAGUCAAAGAGUUAUCUCUGAUGGCUCUUCCUGUGAUUUUGGCGAACUUCCUGUUUUUUGCUGUGAGUUUUAUCAGCACGGUCUUUUGUGGCCAUUUGGGAAAGGUGGAGCUGGCAGGUGUAUCUCUGGCCAUAGCGGUUGUUAAUGUGACGGGCAUAUCUGUUGGCGUAGGGCUGGCGUCCGCAUGUGAUACUUUGAUUUCUCAGACAUUUGGGAGUGGCAACCUUCUGAGAGUCGGGGUGAUCCUGCAGAGGGCAAUUCUCAUUCUGAUUCUGGCAUGUUUUCCCUGUUGGGCCGUCCUCAUUAACACUGAGUCCAUUCUGCUGGCUGUAGGACAGGAGCCAGAGGUUGCCAGGUUGUCUCAGUUGUAUGUGAAGAUCUUCAUGCCAGCGCUACCAGCUACAUUCAUGUAUUCACUGGAAACAAGAUACUUGCAAAAUCAGGGCAUCAUAUGGCCACAAGUAAUCACCGGUUUUGUGGUCAAUCUCAUCAACGUCCUCUUUAACUACAUUUUUCUCUUUGCAUUAAAUCUGGGUGUAGCAGGCUCGGCUCUUGCCAACACUCUGUCCCAGUUCAACAUGGUUGGGAUCCUCUACGCUUACAUCCUAUGGAAAGGUGUUCACAAGGCCACCUGGGGAGGUUGGUCCAAAGAUUGCCUACAGGACUGGAGCUCAUUCAUUCACUUGGCCAUUCCCAGCAUGGUCAUGUUAUGUGUGGAGUGGUGGACAUUUGAGUUUGGCAGCUUACUGGCAGGUCUCAUAAGUGAGGUGGAGCUCGGAGCUCAGUCCGUCGUGUACCAGCUGUCGAACAUUGCUUUCAUGUUUCCAUCAGGUUUUAGUGUGGCGGGCUGUGUUAGAGUGGGAAAUGCCCUCGGAGCUGGAGACACAGAGCGAGCCAAGCUGUCUGCAAAACUGUCAUUUUUCUGUGCAGGAUCAGUCUCUGUGUGCUGGGCCGUCAUCAUUGGAAGCCUGAGGGAUCACAUUGCUUACGUCUUUACAUAUGAUGAACACAUCCGAGUAAAGGUCAGUGAGGUUGUGUUGUUUUAUGCUCCGUUCAUCAUCCUGGAUGCAGUUUCAGCGGCCAUUGGAGGAAUAAUAAGAGGAACAGGUACGCAAAAAUUCGGGGCGAUCUGCAACGUGCUGUGUUAUUACGGGGUGGCUUUACCUCUUGGAGUGCCACUGAUGUUUGCAGCCAAACUAGGAGUCGAUGGUCUGUGGAUAGGAUUGUGCACAGGUGUAUUCCUGCAGUGCUGCUGCCUGGUCGUCUACCUGGUGAGAAUGAACUGGAGUAAAGCUACCGUUGAGGCUCAGGUUAGAGCUGGCGUUAGUGUCAACCUCAUCGAGCUGGAUGCAAUCAUACUUGGAGGGGAGGGAACAGGUGGUAGAGGUGAACGGCACCGUGUCCCCCCCUCCUCUCAGUGAGCUGUGGAGUCCCCCAAGGC